UGCUGUCGCCUGCUGCUGCCGUUGCCGCUACCUGCCGCCGAGGGCCUGGUUCGUGAAGUUGCGCAGGCCGCUGGUGUCCGCCCCAGCUUCAGGCUUAUUUGUCACCAUGAAGCUGCUGCACCUAGCCUUCCCUAGCUGCUUCCUGCUGAAACCUGCUGACCCGGCUCAUCUUAUGGACAGCUGCUGCUGAGGCUAACACGGUGUCCACAGGGACGGCCGCCAUCAGUGCAGCCUCUUUCCUGCAGGACCUCAUGCACCGCUAUGGGGAAGGUGACAGCCUCACCUUGCAGCAGCUGAAGGCCCUGCUCAACCACCUGGAUGUGGGAGUAGGUCGGGACAAUGUUACCCAGACCCUGCAGGGACAGAGGAAUCUCUCGACGUGCUUCAGUUCUGGGGCUCUCUUCGCCGCCCAUAACUUCAGCAACCAGUCACGGAUUGGAAGGAACGAGUUCCAGGAGUUCUGCCCCACCAUCCUCCAGCAGCUGGAUUCCCGGGCCUGCUCCUCCGAGAACCAGGAGAACGAGGAGAAUGAGCAGACUGAAGAGGGGAAGCCAAGCUCCGUGGAAGUGUGGGGAUAUGGUCUCCUCUGCGUGACCGUCAUCUCCCUCUGCUCCCUCUUGGGGGCCAGCGUGGUGCCCUUCAUGAAGAAGACCUUUUACAAGAGGCUGCUACUCUACUUCAUAGCUCUGGCGAUUGGCACCCUCUACUCCAACGCCCUCUUCCAGCUCAUCCCCGAGGCUUUUGGUUUCAACCCCCUGGAGGAUUAUUACGUCUCCAAGUCCGCAGUGGUGUUUGGGGGCUUCUAUCUUUUCUUUUUCACAGAGAAGAUCUUAAAGAUGCUCCUUAAGCAGAAAAAUGAGCAUCAUCACGGACAUAGCCAUUAUACCUCCGAGACGCUUCCAUCCAGGAAGGACCAGGAGGAGGGGGUGACGGAGAAGCUACAGAAUGGGGACCUGGACCACAUGAUCCCUCAGCACUGCAGCGGCGAGCUGGACGGCAAGGCCUCCGUGAUGGACGGAAAGGUCAUCGUGGGCUCACUCUCUGUCCAGGACCUGCAGGCUUCCCAAAGUGCCUGCUACUGGCUGAAAGGCGUCCGCUACUCGGAUAUCGGCACUCUGGCCUGGAUGAUCACCCUGAGCGAUGGCCUCCACAAUUUCAUCGACGGCCUGGCCAUUGGGGCCUCCUUCACUGUGUCUGUCUUCCAAGGCAUCAGCACCUCGGUGGCCAUCCUCUGUGAGGAGUUCCCACACGAGCUGGGAGACUUUGUCAUCCUGCUCAAUGCUGGCAUGAGCCUCCAGCAAGCGCUCUUCUUCAACUUCCUUUCCGCCUGCUGCUGCUACGUGGGUCUGGGCUUUGGCAUCCUGGCCGGCAGCCACUUCUCUGCCAACUGGAUCUUCGCGCUGGCUGGAGGAAUGUUCUUGUAUAUUUCCCUGGCCGAUAUGUUCCCUGAGAUGAAUGAAGUCUCCCAGGAGGAUGAAAGCAAGGGCAGCACCUUCGUCCCUUUUAUCAUCCAGAACCUGGGCCUCUUGACUGGCUUCACCAUCAUGCUGGUCCUCACCAUGUAUUCGGGGCAGAUCCAGAUCGGGUAGGGACAGCCCCACAGGAGCCUGCGCGGUCGCAAAUCGGGCCCUUGGCCGCCUGAUCCCUGGCCCGAGGACUCGUCAUCCGCGGAGUGCCUCGAGCAAGUCAUUUAUACUAAAAACUGUGACACGGACUGUAUUUCUGCACUUAAAUGUCAGCUGUUUUGAAAAUGCUCUCUCCUAGUAAUAAGCUGCCCUGGCAACGGUCUCCAGGCAGCACCUCUCCCUCUCCUCUCCCUCCUUCUCAGAUCGACUCUGAGACCCGAAUGCAGCUUAGAAGACAAGUUCAACUUUUUCCUCCGGUUACCCUGGCCUCUUCCUCUUUGAACCAGUGCUGAGAGAUUUCGAUUCCUUUGCCCCACAAUGCGAAAAUAAAGUCAGCAGUCAUAGCCCAGUUAGAACUAUCAGGAGGUAAAUCUAUAGUUUAGGGCCCAUGAAUCUAAAUGUGUAUCCUGGACCUCGAGAUGAACCAUUUUUAAGCGGAUUCACCUAGUUUUUAGAGAACAGGUACAGGAGACAGGCUCCCUCCUAUUUUUUCAGUCUGUUCAGUUGCCUCUUCUCUCAAAGGGAACUGAAAGUCGGAACAGAUGAGUAGGGCGAGAGAGGAGGCGAGAUCAUCCUGAAAGAGGGGAAGUAGAGCCGAUGGCGUGUUUCCUGUCCUGGCGGUUUCUCGUGCCCGCACCUGGUGUUUCCCGGCCGUCCGGGAGAGCCGGCUAGCAUGUAGGUUCAGUAGUCUGGACUUCCUCUUCCUUCCGAAUUAACACUAACAAGAAUGGAGGGCAGAGAAGGACGACCUGCAGAAAAUCAACUGGUUUGGCUGUGCUUUCCACCCCCCCUUCCCCACUCCCAUCUUCUGAGACUUUAUAGCUGCCUUGCUAGAAGCACAUUCUGAGCACAUUGACGAUGCCGAUAUCAGAGGGGAGACUGCACAAAUUUACCUCCCCUGGCCAACAGGUCUGCUGCAAAGUGGCAAGUCGACUUGUGGAACCAGAGUGCAACUCGUGCUCUUUUUGACAAGGGUAAUCAGAAAAGGAAUCAGUGCAGGCAACACUCAGGAUUUGCUGGUUGCCUAAGUAAAAGUCUGAAUAAUAGAACUCUGAGACGUAAGGUCCAGAACUUGGGUUGAGCUCUGAAGAUGCAGAACAGAGGUCCUGCUGAUUAUGCUGUGAGUGGGUUUAAAGACAGCGCUGUCUAGGUUACCACCUUCUUCCUUUACCCCAAACAAGAAAGGGCGAAUCCUGUAUUGCAUUGAAUAUUAACUGCUCUAACUCUGCUCAGAGAAUGGAUUGAUAGGUUUGGCUGUGAGACUGUAGGCUGGCCUCAGGCACUGUGGAGCCCUCUCCUUGGAACUCUGGCUCAGAGGGGAGCUAAUCUCCAGGUUCACUAGGUGAAUUGACUUAUUAUUAUCAUAUUGAUAAUGCAAGAUUCUUUAGCCACUUUGGGGAGCCAGUCUCUCCAGAAGCCUUUCUUAGUGGUGCCCACAGUUGCAGCCCAGGGGCUGUAUUGGCAAACUGAUUUGUGUGCAUGACUGACGAGUGCUGGUUCAUUGCCAACACCUGUGUGUUUUUCUCUUCUUACCCAGAAAAACUUUCCACUAUACAGUAAUUAAAAAGCAGCCUCUAUUUUGUUUUUUUUCUUCUUCUUCUUCUUUUUCUUCUUCUUCUUCUUCUUGGGAAGCAUCCCUGAAACCAGGAAUAUUCUUGAAAAGAACAUGAGCAGGAAAACUGCUGAUGAUGCUUUAUAAAUUCUCCUUCCCUUGCCUGUCGACUUUGAUAGAUUUGAGAAUGAAUGGGCUGAAGGAGGAAAAUAGUUUUCAAGAAUCUAGAUUAAAUAUCAGGACUGACUCCUGAUAGGAUUAUGGUCCAGUUUUACCAAAGAACCAAUUCCUUGAAUGUUGGAAUCUAACUUUUUAUUAUAUUAUUAUUUUUAUUGUUACUGUUUUAAAACAGUUCUGUCUUUUCUGUUUUAUUUUUCCCAAAUUGCUUUCAGGAGCUAGCAGAAAAUAACACUCAAACUUCAAGACUUUAGAAGAUUUUGCUUUCCUUAAUUCACAUUGAUGUAUUAAAUUUAUAAUUUUAGCAUUCCCUGUAGAUCCGUCAUUCCUUACGAAUACCAUUAUUCUUGGAGUAAAAUACUAUUAGAGUUAGUGGGUUUCUAGAUUUAGAAGAACUCAAAAAUGUAAUCUUUAACAAAUUAAAAAAUAAAAUAUGAAGUAGUAGGGUGCUUUUCCCUUUCCUGCACUGCACGUCAGUAUUAAGAACCUUCCUUUCAUAGACAGCUGCCUCAAAGGGAAAUUCUCUUUAAACUAGUGCAGAGGCCAGUGCUGGCUGGGCUUAGGAGGUUAGAAACACUCAAAUCGUGCAACUGAUGUGAUGUUGCCAUUGGCUCAUGAGUUGAAAAUGUGACCAUUUCUUUUGGACUUUUAAGAGUUAGAUUCGCUGUUUUAAGCAUUCGUGCAUAUUAGAAAUCUGAGGAAUAGCGAGUUUUGAGGACUUCUUCACCCCUCUUUCCCCUAAUGGACCAGCUCUUAUUAACAAUAAUGAGAAAAUUCUGUGUCAUGUGCUGGAAAAUUCUGUGUCAUGAACCAGGAACAAGGGUUCUGCUGCUUCUCGCCCUCACCCUGGCUUGCAGGUUGCCUUUCAUCUUUGCCCCCAAAGGUCUUUUGUGCCUAGUUUCAACUUGGGGCUUUCCUAUAUUGGUCCUUCACCCUGGGUUUAAAAAAAGAAAGCUUCCCUGUUUGGGUAUCCUAAGACUUGUUUUUAGUAAGUCCUUUUCCAAAGAGAUGGUCGUAUGCCGGAAAUCUGCUUAAAUAAUGAAAAGUUGUCUGAUUUUUGCAAGAGGUUAGGUUUUUAUUGUUCAUAUUUCCUUUUACAGUUCUGCAGUUCCAUCACAGUGUUUUUAAAAAUAACUCAGGAGAUAUGAGGAUAAAUUAGAAAAGAAAAUAACUUAAGUUAUAUGGACUUUAAAUGUUUUAUUUGUAAGAAUCUAUAAAUAAAGCUAUAUUCUGUAACUGUUGAA